GAUCAGAAUGGUUUCAAUCCCAGAAUACUAUGAAGGCAAGAAUGUCCUCCUCACUGGAGCUACUGGUUUCCUUGGGAAGGUACUUCUGGAAAAGUUGCUGAGGUCUUGUCCUAAGGUGAAUUCAGUGUAUGUUUUGGUGAGACAGAAAGCUGGACAGACACCCCAGGAGCGAGUAGAAGAAGUAAUUAGUGGCAAGCUUUUUGACAGAUUGAGAGAUGAAAAUCCAGAUUUUAGGGAGAAAAUUAUAGCAAUCAACAGUGAACUCACCCAACCUACACUGGCUCUUAGUGAAGAAGAUAAGGAAGUCAUCAUAGACUCUACCAAUAUUAUAUUCCACUGUGCAGCUACAGUAAGGUUUAAUGAAAAUUUAAGAGAUGCUGUUCAGUUAAAUGUGAUUGCUACACGACAGCUUAUUCUGCUUGCACAACAGAUGAAGAAUCUGGAAGUGUUCAUGCAUGUGUCAACAGCGUAUGCCUACUGCAAUCGAAAGCAUAUUGAUGAAGUAGUCUAUCCACCCCCUGUGGAUCCCAAGAAGCUGAUUGAUUCUUUAGAGUGGAUGGAUGAUGGCCUAGUAAAUGAUAUCACACCAAAAUUGAUAGGAGACAGACCUAAUACAUACAUAUACACAAAAGCAUUGGCAGAAUAUGUUGUACAACAAGAAGGAGCAAAGCUAAAUGUGGCGAUUGUAAGGCCAUCAAUUGUUGGUGCCAGUUGGAAAGAACCUUUUCCAGGAUGGAUUGAUAACUUUAAUGGGCCAAGUGGUCUCUUUAUUGCGGCAGGGAAAGGAAUUCUUCGAACAAUGCGUGCCUCCAACAAUGCCCUUGCAGAUCUUGUUCCUGUAGAUAUAGUUGUCAACACGAGUCUUGCAGCAGCCUGGUAUUCCGGAGUUAAUAGACCAAGAAACAUCAUGGUGUAUAAUUGUACAACAGGCAGCACUAACCCUUUCCACUGGGGUGAAGUUGGGUAUUAUCUAAAUCAUUUCUUCAAGAUGAAUCCUUUAAAUCAAGUAUUCAGGCGCCCCAAUAUUAAGUUGUAUUCCAACAACUUAAUGCUUCAUUAUUGGAAGGGUGUCAGACAUACAGUACCUGCAUUAUUGCUCGAUCUUGCACUCAGGUUGACAGGUCAGAAACCGUGGAUGAUGAAAACAAUAACUCGUCUUCACAAAGCUAUGGUGUUUCUUGAAUAUUUCACAAGUAAUUCUUGGGUUUGGAAUACUGACAAUGUCAAUAUGUUAAUGAAUCAGCUAAGCCCUGAAGAUAAAAAGACCUUUAAUAUUGAUGUACGGCAGUUGCAUUGGGCAGAAUAUAUAGAGAACUACUGUAUGGGAACUAAGAAAUAUGUAUUGAAUGAAGAAAUGUCUGGCCUCCCUGCAGCUAGAAAACAUCUGAACAAGUUGAGGAACAUACGUUACGGUUUCAAUACUAUCCUUGUGAUCCUGAUUUGGCGCAUUUUUAUCGCAAGAUCACAAAUGGCAAGAAACAUCUGGUAUUUUGUGGUUAGUCUGUGUUACAAGUUUCUGUCAUACUUUCGAGCAUCCAGCACUAUGAGAUACUGAAGACAAGAAUUUAGCAUUAGAACAUCUAUGCAUAUGGUGGUCUAAAUGCACAAAAUGUAAAAUGUACUUAAGUCAUCUCACCUUUUGUCAAGAUAUUAAACCGUCUUAGAUCAGAGUGUGGUACAUUUUAUGUAACAUUUUAAUGUUUAUGCUCAUGAAAACCUAGUGAAUACACUGUGGUAUGCCAGCUCAAAUCUACAGUAGCCACCAAAACCAUGACCUAACAUUUUGAUUCCUGAGGGAAAGGGAUGGGGUGAGGGUAGAAGUGGGGAAAUAGGAACAUUGACCAGUAUAACUGUGCAAUUCUGGAACAUACUAAUUAAAAUAUGCCUUAACGUAUAGUAAAUUUCUAAUUCUAAUAUUUAGUGCAGUGGAAAGCAUUUUAUUUGGACAAGAAUACUAGCUAAUAAGUGGGUAGAUAUUUGAUUCUUCAGUGUUUGAUUUUUUUUCAUCAGUUGACGUGGGUUUUAGUUUUGUUUAAAUUACAGCCAAAUUAUUUUCACAUCAUCCUGUAAGUUAUUGAGUGGUCUCAGACAUGAAAGAUAUGUUCUCAUUUUCCUUUCUUUGGUUAGAGGUCUGAUGCAUAUCACUUUUCUAUCAGCAAUCAAUUGCUUUCAUAAUCAGAAGGCUGUAUGUUAUUAUGUAAAGACCCUACUGGAUCUAAAUGAGUUUGAGACUCCAUAUCAACAUAUACUAUGUCUUUUUAGAAGGAAAAUGAAAAUUCAGUAAGACUAUUUGUAUCAAAAAGAAUAGGAAUACACUUUUCUUGUCUACAUUAUGACCAAAUAAAAAUAAGUCCUGUGACAUUUUGUUCAUGUUUUGAAGCUGGAUGACUACUUGAGAUUUUGACAAGCAGGUAUAUAUGUGGGGAGAAGUUUACCAUACUUGUGCUCUCCUCCCAUUAUAAGUUUUAUUAAUAGGACUUUUAAAGGCUUAUACAGUCUUUCCAGUGAAAACUGAAAGUACAUUAUUAUGAAAGAAUGUAUUUGCAGGUAGUCAUAACAUUAAGAAAAUGUUCUCAUACGUGUGUAAACACAUACUAACUCUUGACCUCUAGAGCUGAAUUCCUUCAAGAAAAAUAAUGCGUAAAAUAAUGUGUAUAAAAUUAAAUAAAGGACUUUAUUUACAUACCAUAUAAAGUAGCAAACUGUUGAAUGAGUUUGAAGAUAUCAUUUAUUUUUUUCUGCAUGUGGUUUUAGCUUUUAGAAAGAAAUGCAUUAUAGAAACAAGUAAUAGCAAGAAAAAUAAUGUAUAUUUUAAUGAUACAUUAUAAUUCACUUUCAACCUUAAUGGUAACUCUCCUUACUGUUUUAACAUUAAUUUGGUUUAACAGAUCAGCAUAACAUGUUCCAAUUUAGCUGAGCAAGUUGUAAUAUAUUUAAGUCAUUAACAAUGUAUCUUGAAUAUAUUUAAUGAAAUCAGUUCACAAUACAAAAAGUUACAUGGAACUUAAUUUUCUUUGUCAGUUUAAAUGCAGUGUAUAAGAAGUUUAUUUUGUUAUUGUGAAAAAACUAAAUGUAAAGGAAAUCACCUUCUUCCAUGCAGGUGUAUAAUCUUGAAAAGGAAAAUGCUUCCAUGUUGAAGCCAGAUUUUCUGUAGUAAAACUUUUGAAACGUUAUUUUAAAAGAAAUACGUAUAUAAAUAUAUAUUUUUCUUUGGAUGAUAUUCAAGUCUUUGGUCCAGGACCAUACCUUGUGUAAGGUAUGAGAGACCAUGACAGUGUCUGAAAAUGGAAUAAAUGAUGAUGCCUUUGAUUUAAAGUGGCCCACAUAAUUAACAGUAGAUGCUCUGUACAUUGAAUACUCCAUUUCUCCAAAUACAUUUCCAUAAUGUGUUGAAAACAUGCUAACUUGUAUCAUUUUUAUACAUCUGCUGAAUAUACUUAGAAUCAGAUGAAUUGUUUUUGUGUCUUGAAAAAGAAUCAGGAACAACUUUGGCAGGCAUAUGAAGUACUUGGGAGGUGUAUGUUUCUGAACUCUGUCAUUGUUCUUGUAAUCUUAACUUAAAAAAGUGCUAACUGGGAGGGUGCUGAGGCCACUGCAUUAAUUUUGUGUGUUUGUUUAGAAUUCUGUUGUCAAAAGAAAACUAAUGAAUAAAUUAAUAUGUCAUUCUGGAACUUAAAGUUCUAAAAUUAGUAUAAAAAGUAUAUAGGUUGUUAUUCCUCACCAACUAAAUUUAAGCUUAACUCAAAGAUUUUGGAAAUCAUUUUUAUUUAUGUCAUUUGGUACACAUGGUUUUUAGUUCUGUUUGAUUAUAUUUCAUAUGUGAACUCAAAUUUUAACAGGAUAGCCUAUUAAAUAAAUUUAAUAUUUCAUUUAACUCAUUUGAUAAAGCGAUACUAUGAAACAUUUGGGGUUUUUUCCCCUUUUCACUCUUGUAAUUAUAAUUCUGGCAUAUGCGUUUGUCAUUGUGAUGUCAUGGUAACUAUAUUUAAAUUUGACUUGGCAACAUUAAUACGUCCUAAAACUCAACACAGAGAAGCAUGGCAAUAUAUUCUUUGACUUAAGGAUGGUGUAAAAUAAACAUUUUUUGAAUCUGUGUAAUAAAGCUUGGAAGCAGGGAGGAGAAAUUCUUACUUCUCCUCCUUUUUGUGCUUAUCUGUAGGAACUGGUUCAGGGUUUUUUGCUUUUUUGUUUUAAAUGUAAAUUGAUAGUCUUUUAUAAAAAGCAAAUAGAAGCAUUAUUGGGUGCCUUUGUUUGUAAACCAAAAAGUAAUAAAUGAAUCCCUAUAUUUCCAUUAUAGUAUUUAUUGUAUUUUUACAAUAAUUACUCUGAAAGUUACCCAUGAGGUAAUGUGGUUAGGAUUAUAGGAAACAGUUCUCACUCACACUUCUUCUUACAUUUUUUUAGGUGUACUCAUUACUUUUUGUAUUCUAAUUUUAUUUAGUUCUGAGCCUUACAUUGCCUUUUAGGGGAAGCAUAUAGGCAGGAUAAAUGCUUUUUAUUAAAGUAUUAUUCUUAUGUAUUAGUUGGAAUGAGGUAGUUUUUCUGAUUUCUAAAAACAGUACCAGGAGACUGUCAGGAUGUCAUUAGGCUCCAGCUGUUCUCAUUGAAUGAUACUAUAUUAAUCUAUAGGUACGUUUGUUGUAAUUUAUCUGUUGAGUAAGUAUAAGGGAUCAUUCAUUAGUAAUAGAGAUUAACUAUAAAAAAGGAGAGAGCUCUUACUAGGCUAGGGUACAAGUGAAUAUAAAAGACCUUCCAAGCAAGCUUUUCUAGGCUGAUUCCAAGCCCUGACUUGAAACCAUUAGCACUGACUUGCUCUAUUUUGAGAAAAACUCAAAUCUUUUGCUUGAGAAACUAGAGAAAGGAAUAUAUACUGCAUAACUUGAUAUAGAAAUGAG